UGUCAGUGAAGCUGCAGACGGACGGAGAGCGGAGCGAAGAAGUUCAUCAAAAUGAGCCGCUCACCGGUCUUAGCGAGAGCUCUGAACUCUUAGGCUGCCGGGCGGUGAUAGUUUUCUGUCACACGAAUGUUUCUUUUUUUAUUAUUGUUUAAUGUCUCCGCUCAGCCAGCUGCCGCGUUAAAUAUAAGUGUGCAGACAGUUUGUGAAAGUUACUUUUAGCUAGCGAACCUCUAAUUAGACGACGCCAUGAUCCCCGAAUGCCCACGCGCCGGGGACUCCAGGAGCCGGACCCGACACCACCACGGUCCGGUGGGCGAGCCGAGCCAGGACCGAGGCGGCAGCGGCGGCUUGUUGUCCGAAAUCAGAACCACCAUCAACAACGAGCCCUUCGUGGACCACUACACCAUUAUCCCCGGCAAGGAGCUCGGACGGGGGAAGUUUGCUGUGGUCAGGAAGUGUGUGGAGAAAUGCACGGGUAAUGAGUAUGCCGCAAAGUUCAUGAGGAAGAGACGAAAAGGACAGGACUGCCGGAUGGAGAUCAUCCAUGAGAUUGCAGUGCUUGAGCUGGCCACAGCCAGUCACCGAGUGGUCAACCUCCAUCAGGUCUAUGAGAUGGCCUCUGAGAUGGUGCUGGUUCUGGAGUUCGCGGCUGGAGGAGAGAUCUUCAAUCAGUGUGUGUCGGACCGGGAGGAGGAGGCCUUCAGUGAGGAGGACGUGAAGAGGCUUAUGAGACAGAUCCUGGAGGGAGUGGCCUUCCUCCACCAGAACAAUGUGGUCCACCUCGACCUGAAGCCUCAGAACAUCCUCCUGACCAGCAGCUGUCCCUUGGGUGACAUUAAGAUUGUGGAUUUCGGUCUGUCCCGGAUGAUCAGCAGCCACCAGGAACUCAGAGAGAUCAUGGGAACCCCGGAGUACGUUGCUCCUGAGAUUCUGAAUUUUGAGCCCAUAAGCACAGCAACAGAUAUGUGGAGCAUUGGUGUGUUGGCCUACGUGAUGCUGUCAGGGAUCUCUCCUUUCCUGGGUGAGGACAAACAGGAGACGUUUCUAAACAUUUCCCAGCUCAAUGUGAGCUACACUGAGGAUGAGCUGCAGCAUCUGGACCAGGCCGCCCUAUCCUUCAUCCAGACACUGCUCCGGAAACAGCCACAGGAUCGGGCCACAGCGGAGCAGUGUCUCCAACACCCCUGGCUUCAGUCCUCAGAGCUGCAGGAAGCCCAGACAGUGGAGGAGGUCCUCUCAGGAGAGGACCAGGACCCAUCCAGCACCACCAGCAGCUCCACUUCCAGCCCUGAACCUCCCAGCAGCACGAGCACAGCCGAGGAGGAGGAGGAAGAUGUGGAGGAAGGCCUGGUGACAGAGGAGCUGAUCGUCAUGGCAGCGUACACACUGGGUCAGUGCCGCCAGUCGUCCAGCUCCACCUCAGAGAAAGAAGCUCUGGCUGCUGAGCAGAAGGCCAUCUCCAAACGCUUCAAGUUCGAAGAGCCUUUCAGCGCCCUGCAGGAGGUCCCUGGAGAGUUCAUCUACUGACCCAACACAUGCACCGCCAGCCUCUGACAGCGGAGAAGUUAGUGUUGUCACGGUAACAAAAAUAAGCCCUCUGAUUAUACAAAUUCCCUUCAUCUAUACUGUAAGUGUAUAAUCAGAUGCUGCUGUACAGUUUAACCUGUUGGAUUUUAAGUGCAUUAAUUACGAAGCUACUCACAAACUCCUCCCACAAUGCAUCAAAGCUAACCUCGAUCCCCAACCUCCUAAAACAGCUCCAGUAGCUGCAGUACAGUAUGCUGCAUCUCAUUUAGGUUUCCGUUGUACUUUUUAUUUCCACCCUGAAUACCUGAAUAAGUGUAGCCACCAGUUAGCUACACAAGCUACAGUUUGGAGUCAGGUCAUCUUUUUACAGCCGUUUAGACCAACUCUCAGUGAUCAAACAGGGAGACAUCAUCUACAAAAAUCACAUUUGGACACUGAGUUUUGUGCAAUUUCAAGAUCCAACACAUAAAAUCACAAAUACUUCAAACAGUGCUUGACACUGAAAGGUCAUUUUGAUUUUGGAGCACCAGGUCAGAGCAAUAGCGAACUGCUUCUAUAUGCUGUUGUUAGUAUUAUUAUUUAUGCAUGCCUCUAGCUCCACUGGCAGCAGCAAUCUGAACGUCUCUGGACUUCUGGGUUACAUGCUUGAAAAGUGUGUUGGUCUUUCAAUGCAGUGUAGUUUGGAUAUUUGGAUUCAUACCCAGAGGAGCAGUGAACUGGAAAGAACUCAGUCACAACAUCAAGAUGUUGGUCCUCAGAAAUUCUCACACACACUGAGUAUCUGCUGAAUAAUAUGGUUAUUUACCAAAAAUGCAAUAUGUAAAUUAAAUCUCUACACUGUUUGUUUGCUAAAAUGUGGUCUCUUAAAUAUGAUAAAAUGUCAGAUUUCCUACUACUUGCAUUGCUGUGCUAUAAACGUUGAACAGGAGGGAUUGAGUCACAGGGCUGGGCUAAAAAUCCUGACAAGGUUAGAAAUCUUAUCACUAGCUUCUAGCUUUUUAGCUCCUUUACGUCUCACAGUACCAACACUUUAAAGCCACUCUCAGUUCAGAUCUGAAGUCACACAUUUGUGUUGAAAUAGGCAACAAAGUUCAGUUGUGAGUUGACAUCAGUCUGGCAACCAGUGGACACAUUCUAAUCGAAAUAAUAAAGCCGGUUUGGGAUCUUGAAUGUACACUCGUGGACAAAAUUGUU